GCUCCGCGUCUCCCGCCGCCUCAGGCUCGCUCGGCGCGGCCGCACCAUGUCGGUGGCGGGGCUCAAGAAGCAGUUCUACAAAGCCAGCCAGCUGGUCAGUGAGAAGGUCGGGGGAGCUGAAGGGACCAAACUCGACGAUGACUUCAAGGAAAUGGAAAAGAAAGUGGACCUGACCAGCAAGGCAGUUACAGAAGUAUUGACCAGAACAAUAGAGUACCUCCAGCCCAACCCAGCUUCCAGGGCCAAGCUCACCAUGCUCAACACCAUGUCCAAGAUCCGCGGGCAGGUGAAGAACCCCGGGUACCCGCAGUCGGAGGGGCUGCUGGGGGAGUGCAUGAUCCGCUAUGGCAAGGAGCUGGGAGAUGAUUCCAACUUUGGCGACGCGCUGCUCGACGCUGGAGAGUCCAUGAAGCGGUUGGCAGAGGUGAAGGACUCACUGGAUAUUGAAGUCAAACAGAAUUUUAUUGAUCCUCUCCAGAACCUGUGUGACAAAGACCUGAAAGAGAUACAGCACCAUCUCAAGAAGCUGGAAGGCAGACGUUUGGACUUUGACUACAAGAAGAAACGACAGGGCAAAAUCCCAGAGGAGGAACUUCGACAGGCCUUGGAGAAGUUUGAAGAGUCCAAGGAAGUAGCAGAGACCAGUAUGCACAACCUCCUAGAAACUGAUAUCGAGCAGGUGAGCCAGCUCUCAGCCUUGGUGGACGCCCAGCUGGACUAUCACAGGCAGGCUGUGCAGAUCCUGGACGAGCUCGCGGAGAAGCUCAAGCGGAGGAUGAGGGAGGCCUCCUCACGCCCCAAGCGGGAAUACAAGCCCAAACCCAGGGAGACAUAUGACUUUGCAGACACUGACCAAUCUAAUGGGGGCUUCUCCUGCACUCCCACCCCAAAAAGCUCAGCUUCCUCCUCUUUCCGAUCCGACAAGCCGUCCCGAUCCUCCGUCAGGAGUAUCCCCCCCCUGGACCAGCCCUGCUGCAAAGCUCUCUACGACUUCGAACCCGAGAACGACGGCGAGUUGGGCUUCAAGGAAGGAGACAUCAUCACCCUGACCAACCAGAUCGACGAAAACUGGUACGAGGGCAUGAUCAACGGCCAAUCGGGCUUCUUCCCCCUCAACUACGUGGAAGUGCUGGUUCCGCUACCUCAGUGAAACGCCAUCGCCCCCUCGUGUCCCCCCCGCGCCGGGCAGAGCCUUCCAUUCCACCUCCAGCCCCCAUCCAGGUCUCUCCUGACAGCGGGGCCGUGUCCUCUCUCUGUGUCACCUCGGGGCCAGAUUGCCACCAGGGAACAAGCCAGAAGGGUCGAACGGCCCCUCCCCCUUACACACACCCCUCCCUGCCUCCUGUGAAUUUGGUUAUUUGAUUGUUCUGGGGGUUUUUUUGGUGGGGUUUUUUGUUUUCGUUUUGUCCUUCUGGUGCUUGAUCUUCGGUACUUUGCCCACCCCCCUCGGUCCUCCCCGGCCUCUUCCCUCUUCCAGUUUUUAUGUCUUUCCUUUGGGUCAAGCAUCUGGAUGAGCCAGGUGGGAAAGCCAGGAUGUAUCCCUCACCUAGGGAGGGCAAAGCAGCCCCCAAGCCCACCGAGGAGCCAGCCCUUUGCGCCCCCACCCCAUCCAACACUACCCUUCUCCCCACGGAUGCCCAACACCAAAGCAGGACCUGCUCCCGGGGGGCUCAGGGGAGGGAUCUGGUGGCACAGCAACACUACAGCACCCACCAAACACUAAGCCAGCCCCACGGGGCUGGGGGACCAUCCUGCAGGGUCACAGCAGGGCUGUCCCCUGCCUGCUGGCAGCCCCUCUCUCCCCUUCCCACAGAGUUCCACUCCAAAGUCCUGGGGCUGCUCCCUCCUGCCCUUGAUUUUCAGUGUUUUCAGCCAGGUUCCUUUUGAACUUCUGGUUGUCCCUACUCCACAGUGUCCUUCAGAGGUGGGGGGGGGGAUAAUUUGGGGUGGUGGGGGAUGUGGAAUGGGACCACAGCCUGGGGAUCUGCUCACCGUGGGGCAGAGUGGGGCUCCUCUCCCCAGGGAAACCAUCAGCACCUGAUGCCACCAGAAAGGGGUUCAGCUGAUCCUCACGU